AUGAGCAAAGCACACCCGCCGGAGCUGAAGAAGUGAGUCCGGGAGCGCGGCAGGGGCGGCGGGGGCCGGGGAGCCCGAUGGGAAGGAGGCGAGGAAGAGCGCGGGGCGGCCGCCGUUAGUCCGCGAGCGGGCGAGCGCUUGGGCCUCUUCGCUCCCAUCAUGCACCGCACGUCGCGCGUGUGUGUCAUAGAGCUACGAAAAUUUAGAGCAGCACGUGGUUCGGGACCGCCGUCGUUUUCCUCCUUAGGGUGAAUUGAUCAUAGAACUAGGGAGGCCGUAUAUCUGUUUCUAUUUUUCUUUCUUUCUAAAGACAUAUAACUCACCCUUUCCCUGUGUUGAGAUGAAUUUGACUGCUGUGAUGCUUAAUUAUUCACUCUUAUUUAAUUUUCAGAUUUAUGGACAAGAAGCUGUCAUGUAAGUUGAAUGGCCUUUUUUUGUUUGCUGCGUUUUGGGAGGAAAACUUUACUGGGACUGUUACUUUGUCUCUUGUCGUCUUAACUUGUGCUGAAUGGCAACCUGCACUCACUUCCCCCAUUCUUUGCUUCUGUAGCAGUACAGUCAUACCUCAGGUUACGAACGCUGUGGGUUGCGUGUUUUAGGGUUGCAGACUGCACCGAACCCGGAAGUACCGGAAUGGGUUACUUCCGGGUUUUGGCACAUGCGCAGAAGCGCCAAAUUGCGCCAUGCGUGUAUGCAGACGCGGUGCUGAGGGUUGCGAACGUGCCUCCCACACUGAUCACAUUCGCAACCCGAGGUAUGACUGUAUCCCAUAUAUCUCGUCAGGAAAGUAGCCUAGAUUCCCUGUGAUGCACAGCCAGCUGCCAAACAAACGUAUGAAAGUGAGUAGUACAUCUUUCCCCUGGUUUGAACUGGGUUCCACAAUUGUGAGCAAGAAAGGAUAAAAACAGACUACCUACAUAUCUGUCCAUCUUAAUUCCAUAAAUGUUGCCUUGGACAUAGCAAAUGUACAGUCAAGAUAAAGUACCAAGAGGAAGUAAACUAACCUGACUGUUCCUUACAGUGAAAUUAAAUGGUGGCCGGCAUGUCCAAGGAAUCUUAAGAGGAUUUGAUCCAUUUAUGAAUCUUGUAAUAGAUGAGUGUGUGGAAAUGGCACCAGGAGGACAACAGAACAACAUAGGGAUGGUGGUAAGUAGAAAUUAAUUAACCUUUUAAAAGUAGUUGAAACCGAGAAAGGCUUUCUGGGAGAUGAUCUAUAAUGAAUUGAAAAAGGUAUUUAAAUAUACCUUCUUGAAGAAACCAGAGGCCUUUCUCCUGGGCAUAGUCAGCCAAUUGGUGCCAAAGAAGGAUAGAACUUUUUUUAUGUAUGCAACAACAGCAGCAAGAAUACUCAUCGCGAAGUAUUGGAAGACACAAGACCUACCCACUCUGGAAGAAUGGCAGAUGAAGGUGAUGGACUAUAUGGAACUGGCGGAAAUGACUGGCAGAAUCCGAGACCAGGGAGAAGAGUCGGUGGAAGAAGAUUGGAAGAAAUUUAAAGACUAUCUACAGAAAUAUUGUAAAAUUAAUGAAUGUUAGAAUGAUGUUGGAUAGAAAUUAAGUGGUUUUCAGCUGUAAUACUAUAAGGGAAUAUGAAAAAUGGAUUAUUAAUAGGUAAAAAUUUAACGUUACAAUAUUUUAAGAUUAAAGACUAGGAUAAACAAAGAGGGUAAGGAUUUGCUGAACCAACAAACCGAACUGGAAUACAAAAAAGGGAGGCAUGAGGAGGUCCGGGAAACAAGCUAAUGAAAAAUAAGUAAUGGAAAGAUUGAGUUGUUUUUAACCAUUUUUAUUUUGUAUUUUCUUUUUUAUUUUUAUUUUGUAAUAUUUUGAAAAUCUUAAUAAAUAUCUUAUUAAAAAAAAGAAAUCGAGAAAGGCAGCUAAGCUAAUGUCAUCCAUUGUACUUGAGAAUUUAUCAAAAGCAUUUUCUAGAAAAAUAUCUUUGAGUUAGUUUUUUUUUAAUAUGCAGGAGUUCAUCUAUAUGGUUUUGCACUUUUGCCUGGUCCUAUACCAAACUGUAAUCCAAAAUCUUGCAGUACUUUUUUAUUUUGUUUUAUUAAUUUUCAAAGCUUACAAAAGCUACUAUGAUAAAAAGAACAAGAAUUAAACUAAAGAGGUAGACAAAAUAAACCUCCUAAGUCCCACAUCCCACCCACUUUCACAGAACACUUCUGAAGAACACCAGGAUACUGCUCCAAAGGCAUGUUUGCACUGAAGGCAGGCAAUAUCCAUAUUCUUUUGUAAAUGACUUGUUCACAAUAGAGUAUACCAGAGCUCUACUCAUACUUGGCAAAAAGUGGUACAGUGGCUUUGGAACUCAUCAAAGUAAGAAUUUUAGGAUCUGUUUGAAAGGCUUCCUCUGGGUGACUAUUCAAACUGCAUUUCUUCAUGAAAAUAUCUUUUUAGCCUCAAGGAUUUUACAGCACUUUUGGAUCUUCAGCAACAUCCUUUUCUUAAAAUGAGGUCACCCAGAGCAGUGAGUGUGUGUACUUAAGAGUUAUGAGGAAAAUAAAGAGACCAACCUAAAAUAAUAUUAGAGGCAGUAAUCCUGAAAACAAGUUACUGGAAACCACAGAAGAGUGGGCUCGUGUGCUCAAGUGAGAACAGGAUGCUGGACCAGACGCCUAUUGGCCUGAUCCAGCAGGCUCUUCUUACAUUCUUAAGUGUAGCUGUGGAUCUUUCUUAACUCUUGCAGAAGGCUCUUCUCUGACUUCUCCAUAACCCCUUGUUUUCUUGUCCCAUGUUCCUGGGACAGCUGGUACCUUGACAUUGGCCAAGGUGUAUGAUUUGUGUCUAGACUCCUUCAGAACUGCCUCUUUCCACAUGAACUUCUCAAAUCUUAGAUGUGCCCUUUUCGGCUUUCUCUCUUCUCAUUAGUUAAUUGGGUAGGAACACAUGAGAUAAACUUUGGUGGUUGCGCUGCAGUUUCAGAACUUUCUCCCUAAGGAAGCUCAUCUGGCACAGAGUUUGUCCUUUCAGUACAAGGUGAUGACUUGCCUUUUAUUUUUGGUAUUUUAAGUUAGAAGAUUAAGGUGCUUUGGGUGAUGUUCACUGUUAGUCAUAAUCAUAAAUAGACUAAUUAUAAUGAAUUGAGUUGUCAGUGGGUUAACUCCGGAGUAUGAUUAUUAUUUGUUAUUGCCCUUUAAAAGGCUUUGAGCAAAUAAUGUAGGAAUAAUAAUAACAAAGCUUAAGCACUGAAGUGUGGUGACUUUCUGCAGCUGUCUUUCGUGAUGUGGGAAACAGGUCCCUUUUGUGAGUCUAUAAUCUUCUUCCUUAAGCCACUUGGCAGUAUUUGGUUGGUGUUUAACUUUCAGUGUUUUUAUUUCUAGGUAAUACGUGGAAACAGCAUCAUUAUGCUAGAAGCGUUGGAACGAGUAUAA